AUGAUGAAAAUAAUAGCCGACGUAUUCAUGACCAAUCUUGAAACAACAUUGAUGGAUAAAUUAAUUAAUGCAGGUGUUUGUGAAUGGCAUCGAUAUGUUGACGAUACCUUCGUACUUUUUAAUUCAAUUACUUGUAUCGAUAACAUAUUAUCAAUUCUGAAUAACUUUCAUCCGUCCAUCAAAUUUACUUACAAGAUUGAAGAUGGUGAUAAAUUGGAAUUCCUUGAUGUUCUUAUUACUCGAUCAACUGAAUGUCAAUUGUUUCAAACAACAAUCUAUCGUAAACCAACUUAUACCGGCUUGUUAAUGAAUUAUCACUCUUAUGUACCAAUGCAAUAUAAGAAAAGUGGUAUAAUUACUAUGGUAAAUCGAGCACUUAUUAUAUGUUCAACUUAUACAUCAUUAGCUGCUGAAUUUAAUGAAAUACGUCGAAUUGGAUUAUUGAAUGGUUAUACAUCAUCUUUCAUCGACACUAUCAUUGGCAUUAAACUUCGUCAAUAUCGAAAAAAGAACAAUGAUGUUAUACAAUCACCACAAACUGGAUCUGAUGUUAAAAAACGAAUGUAUGUUGAAAUACCAUUUAUAGAAAAUGCUACCAAAGAAUUUAGAAAUAAAAUAACGCAUUUAUGUAACAAACUUCGACCAGAUCUAGAUAUCCAAUUUUUCAUGAAACCACCACCAGCUGUUCAAAUGUUAUACCAAACGAAAGAUCCCAUUAAUAAGAAAAUGAAAUCUGAUGUCGUUUAUUCAAUAAAAUGUACAUAA